GGUUUGGACAAACCAUAGGGAGAAGCAAACACAAACGAUUCGUGAGUGCAUCGUACGUGUUGUAAGAGCAAGUGAAGCUGAAAGACAUUGACAGUGAAGUGAUGGCUCCCUCUAUCAAUCUCUUCACCUUCCUCGUCCUGUCCCUGGUGGGGGGCAGCUCUUCAUGGGACGAAGCUUCGCCUUGCGGAUCCGGCUCCAUCCUGACAAGGCCCUACACGGCCUUGUGUGAGCUGGAUGCGGUGUGGGGCUUGGUGGUGGUGGUGGCGCCGCUACUCCUGCUGCUCGCUGCCAUAUUUGGGCUCUGUGGCCUCAGCCUGGGAUACAUCGCUGAGCAGCAAGAGAGCCUCUGCUUCGCCCGGCGUGUCCUGAGGGGGGUGUUGCUUGCUGUCUGCAACACCUGCCUAGUGUUCCAGGGUCUGCGACUGCGCCGGUUGGGACAAGGUGCUCAUAGCCCCAGCACAGGUCAACUGAUGGGGCUGGCGGUGGCCUUGGCCGUGUUGGAUCCGGAGUGGAUCCUUCUAGCCACGAUGUCCACAUGCCAGCCAGCCUGUGAAUACCAGCCGCUGGACUUUGCGCUGGCCACCACUUAUGUGCUGGUCCUGCUCCUGGCAGCACUGGUGGGGGCGGCCUGCAGUCUGUGGAGGCAGCAGCCACGGUGGAGGUGCAGGACCGCGUGGCUGCUCAUCACCUGCCUGGCCUCAGUCCUGCUGUGGGUGGCCUGGAUCACCUUCUGCCUGUAUGGCAACGCGGCACUUGGCCUGCCCCCAACAUGGGACAACCGGGAGGAAGUAUCUGGUCACUUAAAGCAGAUGCUGGAGAAUAACAUCAUUCAGCCCUCGAAUAGCCCUUGGGCAGCGCCGGUGGUUCUGGUACGGAAGCGAGAUGGUGGCCUUCAGUUUUGCGUUGAUUAUCGCAAAUUGAAUGAUGUUACCCGUAAAGACACGUACCCCUUACCCCGAAUUGAUGAUGCGUUGGAUAGUUUGAGCAAGGCUUGCUGGUUUUCUACAUUGGAUUUAGCCAGUGGGUACUGGCAAGUCGAGGUGGAUCCAAAAGAUAAGCAUAAGACGGCGUUUAUCACGUCAGGCCUUUUCCAAUUUAAUGUGCUGAGUUUUGGCCUGUGUAACAGUCUGAGAACUUUUCAGCGUCUCAUGGAUUUAGAGUUGGCGAGUCUUCAGUGGACUACUUGUUUGGUGUACUUAGACGAUACAAUAAUAUUUGGCCGUACCUUUCAAGAACAUCUGGACCAUGUGGAUGAGGUUAUAACGAAAUUGCGUCAGGCUAAUCUGAAGGUUAAACCGGCGAACUCUGACCGAGAAGGGCAGACGGUUUACAUGGACAGAAGCUUGUCAGGCAGCAUUUGA